UGGUGAGGCAGAUUUCCAGAUCUUGCAGACCUUGAACAUGUUAGCUUACUUGAAUUUCUCUAUUUUGUUCUUUACAUAGUUUCCUGUAUCAGUUGCGCAAAGGAGCUGCUCAUUGUCACAGCCAUGGAGUGCUACACAGGUUACCUUUUUGUUGGUUAUUCACUGAUGAUUAUGCUUGAAGGUGCAAAGGCAACAACAGAAACUGUAGAUGCUCUGAGGACAGGAGCAUCAGCAAUGAAGCCUAUCCAGAUCUCUUUGUAUCAAGACCCAGUAUGCAUGAUGAUUGUUUUCUUGAAGGAGCUGUGGCCGGAUAUAAAGGACUCAAAGUUAUUUCGAAAACAUAUUCAUUUCCAACAACUGAUAAGCUAUUCCAAAAUAAAAUUUGGGUUGGAACAGUCGAAGGUCUUCCUGUCUAUUUCAUUGAGCCUCAUCAUCUGGCUAAAUUCUUCUGGAGAGGACAGUUUUAUGCGGAGAAUGAUGAUUUCAAGCGUUUUUCAUUCUUUAGUCAUGCAACACUUGAAUUGCUUCUUCGAGCUGGCAAGAAACUAGAUAUAAUCCAUUGCCAUAUGACUGACAGACAACGUUUGUUGUAUGCACUGGCAACAGUUAGAAUUUCACUAGUUCCUUUUCAUAAAUAAUUUCUGAUGUUUUUCCCCCCUCUAAUAAGUAAACUUGGCAUCUCAGGCACCACUCUAUUGGGAUUUGUAUGGUCCUAGAGGUUUGAAUACAGCUAGAACUUGCUUUACAUGCCACAAUUUUGAGUAUCAGGGGACAACACCUGCUUCAGAGUUGGCAUCCUGUGGCGUUGAUGUUCACCAGCUGAGUAGACAUGAUAGGAUGCAGGUAAAUGCAUCACAUGAUAGAGUCAAUCCAAUUAAGGUAAUUGAUUUCAAUGGUACAUUUGAAUUAAGAAAAAGGCAUCAAGGUGCGACAUGUUUUACAUGUUCCCAUUCUUUAGGGUGCGAUUGUGUUCUCCAACAUUGUAACAACAGUAUCUCCAUCUCUCUCCCUGCCCCGACUCUCUCUAUAUCUCUCCGCGCUGAUUUUGCUAAAAAAUAUGAUAACAUGGAGGCUGAAAUGGCUGACCUUGUUCAGGAGGUUUCAUUGGAUUACUGCGUGGGAUAGAGAAAUUCGAUUCUUCAAAAGGGUACAAAAUAUCAACUUAUGUAUAUUGGUGGAUUCGUCAGCAACUGAAGUAUAGAAGCCUCAGAAGAACCAGCUCCUACUGCAAACAUCACCUAGCCAACUAGUACAGAAUAUAAGACCCUGUUGCAAGUUCUGUUAUCAAUAUUAUUUCCACCUUUUAAGUUCUGAACAUGACAAACAUCAUUGUUGUUAUUUGCUGCAAAUUUAUUUAUUUAUUUAUUUAUUAUAUAUUUGUGGAUCUUUUUUUGACUGGAUUAAGUGGGCCUGGGUUGUAUUGUUAGAGUGGUUCUUUCACCUGCAACAUUAUAAAUAAAGUGGUGUAGAGAGAUCUUUCUACACUUUUUCUUC